AUGGCGGCAGAUGCUUCUGCUCGGUCCCUCGAAUGGCGAGCUCAGAACUACAUGGAGGAUCUUCCAGACGAUAUAGGUCUAUUCCGAGACCUUUUGGAGAAAUAUAGCAAUAUUAAGCCCGAAAAAGUGGACGCGCAUCUCUAUUCUAUUCGCGACAAAGGCUGGGCUAUUCAUCGUUACCCAUGUAUUGGACGCUGGUCCUUCACCAAUAUAAAGGGGCUAGACCAUCCAUCAUUUCAGGCCAUCGUCAACCGACUGAAGCAACCUGGCUCACAGGAGGCAUUCCUCGAUGUAGCCUGCUGCUUCGGACAAGUUCUACGCAAAUUGGCAUUUGACGGCGUCGAUCCAGCAAGACUGUAUGGGACAGACCUCUCCCCGGAAUUUCUAGACCUCGGUUUUGAGCUUUUCAAUGACCGCGAGAAGUUUGAACCUGAUUCAUUUGUUGCCGCCGAUUUGCUCGAUCCCAGUGAUGAAGGGUCAAAGAAGUUGGAUGGCAAGAUUACGCUUAUUAGUGCGGGGAACUUCUUCCACUUGUUUGACAGGGACCAGCAACUGUUGGCUGCGAAAAGAAUGGUCAAGUUUCUAAAACCAGGUGUUACCGAUGCAGUAAUCCUCGGAGGUCACAUUGGUAGCUUAAAACCAGGCAAUUCCACUGCAGUGACCGGAGGCACACGUUUUUUACAUGACCCCGUGACAUUUCAAGAGCUGUGGGAUGAGGUUGGCAGGACGACAGGGACAGAGUGGAAGGUUUCUUCGACGUGGGCAAGCAAAGUCACAAUCAACAUUACUGGGUUCCCUAGUGAGAGUCGAUACCUCGUGUAUAUCGCUCGCCAGAUUGACCGAGCGGCAUCAUCAUAA